UCUCGCGCCACCCUGCUGUGUUGAAAAUAACCGUGUGUCUUGGUUGCCGCGUACCAGAGCCCGAUCGCGACGCUCGCCCGGGACGUCGAUGCGGCCACCCGGGCGCAGGCCGUCUGGGUGUCGCCCGCGUGGGGGCACAACGGCUCCGACUAGUAAGCCUCCGACCGCUGCGCGCCCUCGCCUGCCUGACUGACUGACCGCGCACACCUGUCUGCGUCUGCCGCGUCCCCCAGCUACCUCUGCUUUCGCAGCAAAACUUUGCGCACCGCCGUCUACACCGCCUCCUUCACGAUCCUCGACAUGGCUUCCCUCGCGCCCGCGGCGGCGGCGGCGGACAACCAGACGACGACGGCGCGUGCGCUGUACACGCCCUACCUCACGCUCGUCCUCCCGAACACCACGCUCGUCUCCGCGCUCGCGCCGCAGCCGCGCACGAGCGCGCUGAGCCCAACCGCCACGCCCGUGAGCGCCGACGAUGAGAGCGCGUACCGCCGCGCACACGAGCCGCACGGUGCCAGCAGCAGCAGCGGCGCGGCGGGCGGACGACAUGCCGUCGUCGACUUUGAGCGGCUCAAGUUCCGGCUCGUGUUCAUCCUCUGGCCGGCCGUGGUUGGGCUCACCAUGGCCAUGUAGAUAAUCCCUUGUCCCGGACCGUCUGGGACUGGCCUGUGUUUUUUGGACAAGUUCGGACACACUACU